CUUCAUCCAUUAGUUGAAGAAGAAGAGGAAGAAUUAUGGGUAGUUGUCUUCUGGGGGCGCCAUGCCUGGGGAUGCGGGUUGGUGUUUACACGGAGGCUCCAUCCAUGCUGCUAUUCCGCGGAAGACGGUUUUUUGUUAGAAGCAUUAGAAUUUCGGCGUCUUCCUCUCCCUCGCCGCCGCCACCUUCAGAUGACUCGGUUCGAGUGCGGUUCGCGCCUUCCCCCACCGGGAAUCUGCACGUGGGCGGCGCGCGCACUGCGCUCUUCAACUAUUUGUUCGCCAGGUCCAAAGGCGGCAAGUUUGUGCUCCGAAUUGAAGACACCGACUUAGAGAGGUCAACUAAGGAGUCUGAGGAAGCCUUGCUUCGCGAUCUCGCCUGGCUUGGUCUUGAUUGGGAUGAAGGCCCAGGCAUUGGUGGCAACUAUGGUCCCUAUCGUCAAUCUGAAAGAAAUGCCCUUUACAAGGAAUACGCCGAUAAACUCCUCCAAAACGGGCAUGCUUACCGCUGUUUCUGCUCUGCCGAGGAGCUUGAAAAGAUGAAAGAGAUUGCGAAACUCAAGCAGCUGCCUCCUGUCUACUCCGGCAAGUGGGCUACUGCAUCAGACAUUGAAGUGCAAGAGGAGUUGGAAAAAGGGACGCCUUAUACUUAUCGAUUCCGAGUUCCUAGUGCAGGAUAUUUGAAAAUUGAUGAUCUCAUUCGCGGUGAGGUAAGCUGGAAUCUCAACACACUUGGAGAUUUUGUGGUUAUGAGAAGUAACGGGCAACCUGUAUACAACUUUUGUGUAACUGUUGAUGAUGCUACCAUGGCUAUCUCGCAUGUCAUUAGAGCAGAAGAGCACUUGCCAAAUACUUUGAGGCAAGCAUUGAUAUAUAAGGCCCUGGGAUUCCCAAUGCCUAAGUUUGCACACGUCUCUUUAAUCCUUGCACCCGAUAAGAGCAAACUCUCAAAACGGCAUGGGGCAACUUCUGUAGGUCAGUUCAAGGAGAUGGGUUAUCUGCCUGAAGCAAUGGUUAACUAUCUUGCAUUAUUGGGUUGGGGUGAUGGUACUGAGAAUGAAUUUUUCACCCUCGACCAACUAGUUGAUAAGUUUACGAUUGAGCGUGUUAACAAGAGUGGUGCUGUUUUUGAUUCCACCAAGUUGAGGUGGAUGAAUGGUCAGCACUUGAGAUCUCUUCCAUCAGAAAAUCUGACUAAGCUUAUCGGUGAGCGUUGGAAGAGUAUCGGCAUUCUAACAGAAUCUGAGGGGAGCUUUGUAGAAGAGGCUGUAGAGCUGCUGAAGGAUGGAAUUGACUUGAUACCAGAUGCUGAUAAUGUUCUUAAAACCCUACUGUCUUAUCCUUUGCAUGCAACGCUUGCAAGUCCUGAAGGUCGACCAGUAUUAGAAGAUAAGCUGGGAGAAGUUGCUGCAAGCCUGAUUGCUGCGUAUGACAAUGGUGAGUUAAUUGGUGCACUCGAAGAAGGUAGUGCCGGAUGGCAGAAGUGGGUGAAGAGCUUUGGUAAAUCACAGAAACGCAAGGGGAAAUCUCUGUUCAUGCCCCUACGCGUUUUGCUGACUGGAAAACUCCACGGUCCCGACAUGGGAGCUGGUUUGCUUCUUGUCUAUAAAGCCGGGAGGGGUGAGGUGGUCGCACCUCAUUCGGAGUUUGUAAGCUUGGAUGAAAGGUUCAACAUCCUUCGACAAGUUGACUGGGAAUCGGUCAAGGAGGAUAAUCCUACCCUCGAGUCAGCUGCUCCUGUGUCCGUGUCUAAUUAAAAUCGGCCCACCUCCCUCCACUUGCUACAAGCUGUAGACUAAUAGACAGAUUGAUAGAUAGAUGGUUUUGCCUGCUAAAUUUUUUGGGAUGAUUCUUUAUCUGUUUGCCUUCUUCUGGAUGAUGAGUGAUACUAUUUGUUUGAGCCUAAAUUUUAAAAUUUACUAAUAAUUUUUGUUUUUCCAUGAA